GCCUUUAUCUCUAUGCAUUUACUUGUUAACUUGCUUUUCCUGUAAAAUCUUGAUUGAUUAUGCAUGACCAUUAUCUUUUGUUAAUCACUUUGUUUACUUCUGUGUAUAAAUAUUGAUGCUCACCCCUAAUAAAGGGGCCACACUUAAUCUAAAGCUUUUAGAGCUAAGGAUAGUGUGAGCCCGUUAAUCAACGCAUUGGUGUCUGGUCUCUGACAGAAUUGUGUGCCCCAUACCAACUCCGCACGAACUCGGGUGCUGGAGAGGUGAGUGAGGACUUGCUUUAUUUACCUAACAAUUUGGGGGCUCGUCCGGGAUUCCUUCUGGUGCGGUACCUCUGUCCAGUGGUCAGACCACUCAUAUAUGAAUUGGCAAGGCGCCACAGGAGAUUUCUCCCAGCCAAUUCAAUAUUGAGGGGUCGUGUAUUAGACAGCAGGGUAAACGCCAGUUGGAGGGCUCCUGUCAGACACCAUGGGUCAAGGGACUAGCGUGCCUCUUGAGAGUCCGUUGGGGAUUGUAAAUAAGUUAUGGAACGAAGGGAAACUCCCAGUACAGACAGGAAUGUCUAGGAAGAAGUUGUACACACUAUGUGUAAGGAAUUGGACUGGGUAUACCGCGGUAUUGGCCGACCCGGAGAUGAGGUGGCCUUCGUAUGGCUCUUUCGAACAGGCUGCCUUAAGAGGAGUAAAGAGCCAGAUCGAAAAAGACCAUCCGGGACAGUUAUGUUACUGGUUUUGUUGGGACACAGCAGCAGAGCUGUGGAAAUCUUUAAAAAUUAUGGCAGUCAGGUACUCUCCCGAGAGUGAACCCCCUCCAGGUUAUUUCGAUGAAGGGUGUAGACCACGGCGUGUUUUGACUCGUCAGCUGGGGAAUCUGCAGGAUCCCAGAUUGGAAUUUCUGCAGAAGGAUGAGGAGGAAAUGAAGGGGCAAACCUCGGGAGGAGUAGUUAUUAGGCUAAUGUCCAAGCAGAUACAGCAGGGUGCAUGCCCCCCCCUGAGGAUAGCCCAGAGGAUGUCCCCGUCAAAUCUCUUGCGAGUAAUAAAAGUAUAGUUAGAGAGAUGCCUUUACAGGUGCACGAUCAACCUUAUAUGGGCAAUGAUGGACGGUUACAACAUGCUAAUAUUGUGGAAUAUAAAGGAUGGCUAGAAUGGGAUUUGAAAGAGUGGGGACGGUUGUCAGGGUCUUUUGGGGAAAAUCCCCGAAAGAUCAUAGAACUUCUAGAAAGAUUGUUUUUAAGUUAUAAUCCUACUUAUACGGAUGUGGAUCAGUUUUUAAGUAGAGUUUUGACCGGAGAGGAACGUAGUAGAUUGUGGAUGGCAGAAAGGACAUGGGGAGAUAGCAAUGCAGUUAAUCUUACUUGGAUGGAUAGGCGGGAUCUGGCCACUGGCUGGAAUCCCCUAGACUGGACUCAGCCAAGGCUGACUCAGCUGCGAACAGAUCGAGAGCGAUUGUUAGAAAGACUCAAGGAAAUGGCUCGCCGCUCGCCUAAUCAGGCUAAGUUCAUGCAGAUUCGGCAGGAAUCUGAUGAGCCGCCCAGAAAGUUCUGGUCGAGGCUAUUGGAGGGGGCCCGAAUGUUCACUCAGAUGGAUCCUGAGAGAGAAGCAGACCACCCUACUCUUAUUUCGUUUUUUGUGAAUCAGUCGGUGCCCCCUGUAAGGGAUUACUUCUUAAAAACAGAGUCUGACAUUUAA